UCUCAGUAAGCUCUCUCGUCCCGCUCAUCACACAUCACAUCAGCCUCUCAAGCUCUCACUCACACCAACCGACCAGCGACACCCUGACUCUGAAACUCUCUCAUUGUCUUCAUUCACAGUCGCUGGCGUUCCGCCGUAGUUCGUGUGUCGCCGCCCUCCUUCGUCUCGUCGUCGCCGGCUCAGUCAAGAAGAAACAGAAGCAACCAGCAAUUGCCGCCCCUGGUUCGAACGUCGUCGACUUCUUGCUUCGUCGUCUCCUUCUCGCCGGUUUCAUCUCCGAGCAGCUGCGGUGUGGCUGUGCUGAAGCUCAGAACUCCGAAGCUGCUCCUUUCCUGACUCAACUUUUACUUCUGCUUCUAUAGUAGGUUAUGAAGAUGAAUAACUCGCAUGGUGAUUUUGAUGGAAAGGAUGGUUCUCAUGUUGUUCUCCAAAGCUGUUCAGGGGGGAAUUAUUCAGGUGUGUUUCUUACUUUGGCUGCUGCUGUGUGCAUUGUUUUGAGCUUAUCAAUAGUGAUAAGUAGGAAGAUGAUUGGGUUAAGGGAAUUUUUAUCAUGGUCAAGGUUGCCUGUGAAUUCAUCAGUGGUGAUGAUCAUGUCAAGAUUGGCAAUAUCUAGAUUUAUUAGAUAAUGAAAAGAGGAAAAGUUUGUGAUGUUUAUUUAUCUAUCAAGUAAAUAAGUUGUGUGUAAAUCUAUGUGGAUAUAAUAAGAGAAGAAACAUUGAAUUUCUAAGUUUGGAAGUGACCAAUAUAAACUUGCAGAUCAUAAUUCUGUGGAAGAGAAUCCUAUUAUGGAGUGUUUGUUUUGUUGUAUCAAAGUCCUUUUACUUGUUUAUAUCACCAUGCCUUUUGAUUAUUUAUUUAAUAUCAUUGUUGAUUUUUUUUCUGUAUUGUAUUGUUAUAUCAAAGUCUGUACUUGUUUACAUCAUAAUUUUGGAGUGGUAAUUGAGUUUACCAAUUGUGUUUCAAAUUAAGUGAAGGAAUGCAUAAGCAACAAUGGUAUGUCCUUUGGAUUUAAUGUCUAUUUUUGUAUUAGUUAUUUUUAGGAAUUGAGACUUGAUUAUUGUUAAAGUGUCAGUAGUAAUAUGUAUUUCAAAUUUUAAUUUGAACUUUUUUUAUGAUUUUAUAUUUUUAUUUAAGUGAUACCGGGUCAACUGGUUCAACCGUGAUCCACUGGUUGAACCAGUGACCCAAUAUUCUGAAUGGUUCGAUUACCGGUUCGGUUCUGAUAACUAGUUUAUUGAUUUGCUUAUAAUGUACUAGUAAAUUUGUGUUGCUUUGCUUUGCUUGGAUGGCUUCUAAUUAUAUUCUUAAUUUGAGCCCAAUAAGAAAAGAGGAUGUGAUAGAGAUUAGAGGGCAAUGAACAUUUUUAAAGUAUGUUUUGUCGGAAGGUAAAAUUAUGGAGUUCAUUUUUUAAAAGUUUCACUCUAUUUCUACUCUUCCACCAGAUUUUUCCUUUAAUUGCUAUUGGUCUUGGCAUCUAUAAAUUGGUCAAAUUUUUUUUGUUCUUGCCUUGCUUGGCAGGCUUAGAUGAAGACUAAUGGGAGAAGGAGAACCUAGUUGUAUUGCACAAAUCAAUGAGGAAAACAAAGCUAUGGACCUAGACCAUAUAUGACCCUGCUGCUGCUCCUGCCACGAAGUGAUGAGAUUUCAUCUAGACCUGGUUUUCACCCGGUAUAGUUAUGGCCCAAAAGUGAUGGGGUUUCAUCGGGCCUAGUGUUUGGGUUAGGGUCUUAAAAAUAGAUCUGAUGAAUCUUUAGGACCGGAUUGCCGGAUUUGGAUUAGAACAAACCUGGUUAUACUCGGCUCAUGUACACCCCUAUCAAGUAAUAUGUGUUCUUCCUGUUUGGGAUCCUAUCGGAGUAAGAAUGAAGCAAAUUUAUAACGCACAAUCUCAAAAGCUUCUUUGAUUCCAGUAAAACAAAACUUCAUCUCUCUAUAAAACCAUUUUAAUCCAUUCAUUGCAACAAUUUCAAUAAAAAAAAUUUUUGUGGUUUAAUUCAAUGUCUUCUCAGAAGACUCUUUUGAGACUUUUCAACAAAGGUUUGUCUUUUCCUUCAGACCAACAAAAGCUUCAAAUUGAACUUGUCAAUAAGAUAACCCAAAACCUCCUAAUUUCGAAUACCACCAAUUAUUUUAGACCCGAUAGAGAACUGCAGUCCAUGAUCUCAUGCAUCACUCCCCAUGUUACAUACCAAGUUCUUUCGAACCCCAAUCUCCCUCCUCAUUCUUUGUUGUCAUUUUUCAACUUCCUUAGAAGUAGAAACUUUAAUAUUGCUCAUAUACUUGAUAUUAAGGCCCAUGUGAUUCUCCUUUCCAGACUUUUUGAGGCUCGAAAAUUUGCCACCAUGAAGAGCAUUCUGAGCUCUGUUGUUAUUGAUGGUAAGCUUUGUUGCCCCAUUCCAGGGGUUGUUUCUUUGGUUGGUGAACUUGAUCCACAUUUUGCAGAGAAGCUGUUUGAUAUGCUGUUCAGAGUGUGUUCUGAUAACAGGUUGUUUGAAGAGGCAUUUAGAGUCUUUGAUUAUGCCAAGACGAUGGGGUUGGGGAUAGAGGAGAGGUCUUGUUUUGUACUCUUGCUUGCUUUGAAGAAAUGUGGUGAGCUGGAUUUGUGUCGUAGGUUCUUUCAUCGAAUGCUCGAGUCGGGUAGGAUUCAAAUUAGGGUUCAGUCUCUGACACUUGUAGUUGAUGUUCUGUGUAGGGGAGGAGAGGUUGAGAAAGCUAAGGAGUUGAUGGCUGAGAUGGCUAGUAAAGAUAUUGUGAAACCCACUGUGUUCACUUAUAAUACAUUGUUGAAUGCUUAUGUUAGAAGAAAGGAUCAAAGGGGUGUAGAUGAGAUAUUGAGAUUAAUGGAGAAGGAACAAGUUGUUCAUAGUUUAGCUACAUAUAGUAUUCUGAUUCAGUGGUAUGCGAGUUUAGGAAAUAUAGGGGAAGUUGAAAAGAUAUUCGAGGAAAUGCAUGAACGAAAUUUGGAAAUGGACAGUCAUGUGUAUACAACGAUGAUAAAUUGGUAUUCUAGGUUAGGAAACAUUAAAAGGGCAUCCGCUUUGUUUGAUGAGAUGACUCAGAAAGGCAUCCUUCCUAAUGCACAUACUUAUGGGGCCUUACUUUGUGGUGUAUGCAAGGUAGGCCAAAUGGAGGCUGCAGAAAUAUUGCUUGAAGAGAUGCAAAGUAAAGGCAUUGACCCAAAUAUAGUAAUAUUUAAUACAAUGAUUGAUGGUUAUUGUAGAAGAGGUUUGAUAGAUGAGGCUUUGAGAGUGCAAGAUAUCAUGGCAAGGAAGGAAAUCGAAGCAGAUGUGUUUACAUACAACAUUAUUGCUUGUGGGCUAUGUAAAGUGCAUCGAUAUGAGGAAGCCAAGAGGACUUUGAAUGCAAUGCUAGAGAAAGGAGUGGUUCCGAAUGUUGUGAGUUUCACUACUUUUAUUGAGAUACAUUGUAAGGAAGGAAAUCUUGCAGAAGCUGAGUGGUUAUUUAGGGAUAUGGAGAAAAGGGGAGAGGUACCUAAUGUUGUUACGUACAAUACCCUUAUAGAUGCAUACAGCAAGAACGAAAAGAUGAAGCAAGCUCACAUGCUAAAAACUGAAAUGGUAGAAAAGGGAUUACUGCCAGAUGUAUAUACUUACACAUCACUAAUACAUGGGGAGUGUAUUGCUGGAAGGGUAAAUGAGGCAUUGAAUCUUUUCAAUGAAAUGUCAUCAAAGGGUAUAAUCGGGAAUAUUGCAACAUAUACAUCAGUUAUUUCAGGAUUAUCCAAGGAAGGAAGAGCAGAUGAAGCUUUUAAGUUGUAUGAUGAAAUGAUGGGAAUGGGCCUAACACCAGAUGAUAGAGCUUAUGCUGCUCUUGUUGGUAGCCUCCAUAAACCCUCCUCUCAUGGUAAUCAACAUCAUGAAAUUGGGGAACAUAAGUAGAACCUGUAGAUUCAAUGAACCAGUGGAAUAUUGAUUUGACAAUUUUGACAGGAUGGCAGUUCAUGGAUGGUGAUUUUGGCUUUGAAUCCGAAACAAGAAGAUCAAUGUGCCUGGGGUUCAGAAGUCCAGCUGUUGUGUUACUGAAAUUAGGUUUUGGAUAAUGGGAUAAUGUAAGCCAAUCUUGGGUAAUAUAUGAAUCUUUUGUUUCUUUUGUGUUACUGAAAUUAGGUUUUGGAUAAUGGGAUCAAUGUAUUUACUUCUAAGCUUUCUUUUGUUUGGUAAAAAAUUACUUUUUGACUCUGCCAAUCUCUUGCCUCAUUGUUUGAUAUAUUUCUGAAAAUGUUAUGGUAGUUUCAUGAUGAAAUUUGUCUAUUUAUGAAAAUUCCACAUUGUAUUGAGUUGAUCCACAGUUA